UUGAAAUGACAACAGCUAGCUAAGGAAGUGAAAGCGGAUAUAUAUAAAACCAAAUCUUUGCUUUUGGAGGAACAUAGACUGAGCACCUUCAUAGAACGACAAUCUAAUGAGAAAGCUGUCAGGAUGUUAGUCCUGCUGUACUUCCUCUUUACCUUCGCUUCAUUGGCUGCUUCAGUGGGACAGACAGGAAGUGGAAAAAGAUGUGACGCGGGUGCUGCAGCCCCCAUUCCGGUGCUGCUGGUGUCGUUUGAUGGUUUCAGAGCUGACUACCUUCAACGGUUCACUCUACCCAACCUAAUGCUGCUGUAUUCGCAGGGAGUCCUGGUGGAACAAAUUACUAAUGUCUUCAUUACCAAGACCUUCCCUAACCACUACAGCCUGGUGACAGGUCUGUAUGCAGAGUCUCAUGGCGUCAUAGCUAGCAAUAUGUAUGACCACGUGACUCAGAAGCACUUCACUAUCUUCAACGACACCGACCCUUUCUGGUGGAACGAAGCUGAACCCCUCUGGGUCACUGCACUGGAUUGUGGGUACAAGACGGGCGUGGCCAUGUGGCCGGGGUCAGACGUGCCAAUCAGGAACAGAACAGCGACUCACUUCAUGCCCUACAACCCCUCCGUGACCUUUAGUCAACGCCUGGCCAACGUCACUCACUGGCUGACUGGGGGCCAGGGUAAAGGGGAGGGGCCAGUAUCGUUUGCAGCUCUGUAUUGGGAGGAGCCAGACAGGACAGGUCACAUGUAUGGACCAGACAACACCACCCACAUAGGACAGGCUCUUAAAGAGGUAGAUGACAAUGUGGGUCUGCUGAUGUCAGAGCUGAAGCGUGCAGGGUUGUGGGGGCAUGUCAAUGUCAUCAUCACCAGUGACCAUGGAAUGGCUCAGUGUUCCACUGAUCGCAUCAUCAGGCUGGAUGACUGUCUGCACCCUGACAACUACUCAGUAGUAGACCUAACCCCUAUCGCUGCUAUCAUACCAAACAGAGUGUCAGACCCCAAGGCUGUGUUUUCCCUACUGAGUGGUUGCCAUACCCACAUGACUGCCUACCUGAAGAAGGACCUUCCUGAUAGGCUGCACUACAGGAACAAUGACAGGGUUCAACCAAUCAUAUUAGUCGCUGACGAGGGAUGGACUAUCGUACAGAGCGGAGGGCUACCACGUCUGGGAGACCACGGCUAUGACAACACUCUACCCAGCAUGCACCCCUUCCUGGUGGCAGUGGGCCCAGGCUUCCUUCCUGGUUACCGUCUCCCGCUGUUAGAGAGUGUUGAUGUCUACCCAAUAAUGUGUCAGCUGCUAGGGGUUCCACCAGCACCAAACAACGGAUCUCUGUCCCAGGCACGCUGCUUCCUGGCUGGGGAGGACUGUGUCGACAUCCCCCUGGUGGUGGGACUGGUGGUGGGGGUACUGCUGGUUCUCACCACACUCACUGGACUGUUCAAGUUGUGGAGGCCACGGCGUCAGUCAUCCUCUCGUCCCUUCCAACGCCUCUCUAUACAGGACGAUGAUGAUGAUGACCCUCUGCUGGACUAGAGUAAACAACUCCCAGCUCGACUAGACUGACCAAUCACAGAUCAGAACGUCAUAUCACAUCCAACCAGAGGUCAUCACCACCACGCUCCUAACAACCAAUCGGUACUCUGGUCAAACGUUUUGCACUAAAUAGGGAAGAGAGUUUCAUUUCAGACACAGCCAUACUCUGUUAUGAGACUAAACAGAGCGGUUGUCAGAUUUCAGAUUUACACACUCCUCUUUCUCUGUGGUACCAUACUCAUGGCAUAUUCAAAUAAAUGCAUGAACUAUAAAUAAACAAAUAUUAAACCACAAAUAGUUAAAAAUAAAGAAAUAAGACACCAAAGAGAACAAUCAGUUGGUAGAAACAAACUGGGGUUACUUGAUUAUGUCUAUAUACAAAGAAGCCACCUAUAAUGAUAUAACAUGUUAUAUAUGUAAAACAAAAUCUCAGUUCAUUUGUAAAGAUUUGCAAGACAAUCAUAAAAUUAAGUAUACAUCAUUAUGUUUGUUAAGAGAGAUUCUAGUAAAGGGAAGUAAAUCUGAAUAUUGAAGAGUAUAUUUCAUAAGAGUACCGCUAUAUUGCAGUAGUAUAUUGAACAGCAGUCAUGCUGUAGAGUUGUUAUAUAGGUUUUAUUAAGGGUUUUAUUAGAAAUUCUGUAUACUACUGAGCCAGGGAGUGGAGUCAAAAACCGGACUGAAGCUAUGUUUCUGUUGAUGGUGUCUGUUAGUCACAUAAUUAGAUUUUAUUUAGUAGUGUGUGUUUGCUGAGCUAAGCUAUAGCACUGGCACUAUAUGGUUUCCUGUAGUGUUAAGGAGACCUGUUAUGCUGUUAGAUUCAUGUUCAGGGGCCUCAUUUAUAAAUGUUGCGUAAGUACAAAGUAUACCCCAAAACCUGCAUGCUCCAGUUUUCAUGCAAAAGUUGGCAUUUAUAUAAACUGAACUUGACUUGAGAAUGUGCUUAACUCCCUGCAAACUUUAGACCAUGCAUAUGGUCAAUAUCUAGUGGUUAAAGUUUUCUAUUGCAAGCAGGCAUGUACUGAAAGUAGGCAUAAUUUGUGCAGAUGGGGUAUAUGAUAAUACACCUAUUCAUAAUAAUAUCCCCCCAUCCAGGAGCCAUUUGCUGUCAGUGAGAAAAGCCAAAAUCUAUGUUUUAUUUUUGGAAUGUAAAAUAAUUAGACCUAGGAAUCUAUUUCCUUUUUAUUUUAUUAAUGAUUGCAGUAGCCUAGAUUACAGUAUUAUAAUUUUUUUGUAGCCUAGAGCCUAGACAAUGUUUCAGAAUUGGCGGGCAGUCCAGCAUAUUUCGGUUGAGGGAAAAGUCGAUGCAAAACAUGUUGAAUUCAAACAUUAUGCUGACAGGUCCACAACAAUUUGCCUUUUUUUUUAUACAUUGUCACAGUUCUUUGCCAAAUACAGCAUAAUUUACUGCAAAUUAUUAAAACAUUCUGCCAACACUGUAAAUAGACCGGUAGCUUAUGUAACAUUUUUGACAGUAGGCUACAGUAUUGCUGUUCUAUAGGAGCGCGGAGUGCAGUAUCAUAGCAUAUUUAAUCUCAGAGCCUAUACCAAGGCAGGAGAUAAAUACACAAUCUAUUGAAAAACUAAAUAUUGAACAAUUUCUUUUGCUGUAGCAUUUACUUUGAUUGUAUAUUUUAAACAAUUUAAAUCUUGCAGAAUGCAAGGACAGUGUAUAGCACUCCCUUUAGGUAGCAAGCAUGUUUAUUUUGAAAAAGUCACUGCAAAAUAUCAAAACGUUCUGCCCACACCUCUACAGAAAUGUGAUCAAAUUAGCCAUUACCCUUUUUUUUUUUUUAACUGUCGUGGCCUAAUUCCAAUAGUUCCAAAUUAUACAGCAAAUAAAGGGUGUUAUUGUCACCAUAAAUGGUGACUGGCGCCGUUAUAAUGCUCGUUCACACACGCACAGUUUUAGGAUGGUUCGGAUUUAUAACUGGACAUAUGUGUAUGUAUGGUGUGCGCCAAGUUUAUAAAUCUCAAUAUUUUUAGACUUAGGUAUUCGUUUUCAGAAAUAGCGCACGCAGAUAUUUUGUUUCACAUUUACGCAGCGGUUAUAAAUGAAGCCCCAGGUCCUUUAUCUAAAAAUAAGUAAUUGAAGAAGAACUUUACUGUUUUGAGUUUGAUUCUCUCUUCAAGCUACAGUGUGUUUGCAUGUGUGUGUCGGCUGAGAAAGGGUGUCCAAUGUCUUUUUAUUAUUCUUUAAAAUCUUUUUAUGCACAUGUUUCUUUUGUGUGGUUUGUUUCCAGAUAGCUCAGAUCUUCCAUUAUUAAAUGAUUGUAGUUGUAUAGAGGAGUCGAAGACCUGCUGUUACUGUGGGUACUAUACCAUAGUUACUAUGUUUGCAGUACUAUGAUUACUGUGCUGUUACUAUGGUUACUGUGUUGUUACUAUGCGAACCAGUUGAUGUCCCACCUCCAGGUGGCUACUGAAUUGGUCCUCUGUUUGUUUCUGCUCAUAUUGUCAUUGAAUGACAAAUAAAAGUAUA